AUGGCGGAGAUUACUGAAUUCGCCAUGCGCCCGUGCAGGCCGCUGACGCUGCAAGAAAUUGCCUACCUCAAAGGCCCUCGAACACCACCUCCCCCAGCUCAGUCUCCUGCGCAAAACGCUCUUCUAUCUUCUUCAGAGGAGGCUCCUCCUUCUUCUUCGACGGCAUUCUCGGGGGCGGGCGAUGGCCAUAGCGUGGAGCUUUUUCUCUCCGUUGAACUGCCUGUGCGGUUUGCGACCCGGAUCAAACAGAUCGAGGCGGUGCGACAGCUCUACGUCGAGAGUUUCAAGCAACUGCGAAUGUGCACGUGGACAAACAAGGCAGAAUUUGCAAAGCUUUUGAAGAACCUGAAGCGCCGCCACGCUCCCAUCGCGCCGCUGCUCGUCACGGGCAUGCGCAAUCUGAAAAGGCGCUUUCCGGACAUCUUUACGGACGAAUUUGUGGAUGAUUUCCUCGAUGGCUUUUUUCUCUCCCGCAUCGGAACAGAGAUGCUCACAAGCGCCUACCUCUCACCGUCGGGCAUUGUCGACACAGACGCAGAACGGCUCUGUCACUACCACUACGGCUGCUGUCCAAGAGUCCUGAUUUGGAACCACGAGCGCGAGCGCUUCGCAUGCGUGCCGCAGUAUCUCUACUACAUUCUCUUUGAGCUCUUCAAGAAUGCCAUGCGCGCGACCGUGGAGCGCUUCGGAGGGGACUCGAGUUCCCGGAGUACCCUGUCGAGCAGCGGGGGGAAUUUCCGCCUCAUCCGGGACUUUUCGCGUUCGUGUUCUUCACGCUCUUCACCUCUUUCCCCUUUUGACGAGCUCGACGAAGGCCUGUCGAGUGUACGGACAGCUCGAAGCCCGGGAGGCGCGUUCGGUCCCAGUGGGGUCAGAGAAGACGAGUACGACGGCUCCUUCGUCUUCUAUGGACGCCCGCCGCACUACGAAACGAAGAUUGCGGAUUCGGACACGAAGCUGCCGCCCAUUCAGGUCGUGGUCUCUGGCGACAACCGCGUGAUUGCGAUCAAAAUGUCGGAUCAAGGCGGGGGCGUCGGGCAGGAGUCCAUCGAAAAAAUCUGGAGCUACAUGUACACCACAGCUCGCCCUGUCGAGAUAGGCGUCAGCCAGUCGCCGCCGGCGUUUGUCGCUCCCGCCGAUGAAGUCGCUUCUUCUCCCCCCACUGUGGGGUCUCUCGACGCUGCGCCCCCAACUAUCCCAGGAGCUGCGUUGGCCUCUCCAGGGCUCGACGCGCCUGCAUGUGGGGACGCGAGAGACGCCGCGCGCCGUCGUGCCUUCGGCUUCACAUCCGGAGACGGGAGGCGCAGCGGGGACACUGGGGGCUCUGCGUGGGCUUCAGGAGCAUCCGACACGCCGGCUGCCGGAAGCUACACUCGCCGCCUGUGCUCCGGACCGCACUCGCCUUCGCUGGAGAAGCGCGCGCAACUGGGGAAAGUGGAGAGAAGCGGGUGUGGUCUCUCGGAGCGCGAGCUCGAGAGAACGGAGACAGACACCGGAUCCCCCCGAGACACUGGACACACGCCAGCUGUGGGGUCAGCUAGCCUCCCCUCCAGCGCCGGCUCGCCUGCGACGCCUCAGGUGUCCCCUCUCGCUGGCUUCGGCUGCGGCCUUCCUCUCAGUCGUCUCUACGCUUCUUACUUGGGGGGGCGGCUCGAAAUCCUUUCUCUUCCUUUCCACGGAAGCGACGCGUACCUGUAUCUCAAUCGAAUCGGAGACAAAGAGCGAAUGCCACCCAAUUCCUUUCCUCAAGGCGUGGCCCAGGCCGGCAGGGGCGAGCUGCGGACGCGGGAAGAGCUCGAGCUCCUCGGAUUGCCGAGGGACUAA